AUGCAUUUAAUGUACUAUAACGACAAAGAUGGCCAAAGAGUCUACACUUUAAAGAAAGAAUCACCAAAUCACGAAGCAACCUACUCUGCUCAUCCAGCUCGUUUUUCAGUAGAUGAUAAAUAUUCAAGAGAAAGAAUUGCAUUAAAGAAGAGAUUUGGUUUAUUAUUAACUCAACAACCACCAUUAGAAUUUUAA